AUGUUAGUUAUCCCAAAAAUUGCCGACAACGUGCCAAACGAAGUUUUUCCUCGCGAAGCGUUCCACAUUCCGAAAAAUAUGAAGCUCGCCGAUCCGAAAUUUCAUUUACCACAAAAAAUUGAUGUUCUGAUCGGAUCGGGAACCACGUUGUCGUUAUUAUCGAUAGGACAAUGUGAUUUGUCACAAGACGGUUGUGAUCUCUUCAUACAAAAAACUCAGCUUGGCUGGGCAGUCGCCGGCGGAAAAUCAAACGCUAAGACCGGGAAUCGCGUGAUAUGUCAGUUAGUCGAGUUAAAGAAACAAAUCGCAAAGUUUUGGUUAUUGGAUGAUGCAAGCACGAACCAAACAGAUUUAUUGGAAGAUACAGAUUGCGAGACUUAUUUCAAACGAAACGUCGUUCGCGAACCAUCAGGUCGAUACACCGUCCGAUUACCCUUUCGUAACACGAAUAGAGAGUUAGGCGAUUCUCGAUCAAUAGCUCUACGACGCUUCCUAGGGUUGCAAAAAAGAUUAAAUGCAAAUCAGGUACUCAAACAAGAGUAUCAUCGUAUCAUGAACGAAACCAUCGAGUUAGGUCAUAUGUCCCCAAUCAAUGACGAGUCACAACCUGGUUAUUAUUUGUCACAUCACAUAGUGGAAAAAUCAUCAAGCGUGACGACGAAGAGGCGAAUAGUCUUCGACGCGUCCGCUAAAACAAGUAAAGGGAUAUCGUUAAAUGACAUUCUCAUGGUGGGUCCAACGGUCCAAUUCAAGUUGUUCGAACAUCUGUUGCGAUUCCGUAGUCACAAAUACGUGAUUACCGCGGAUAUUGCAAAGAUGUAUCGACAGGUUUGGGUUCAUCCUGACGAUCGUCGUUAUCAACGCCUAUUUUGGUUUCUUAAUGAUAAGAUACGAGUAUUCGAAUUGAACACGGUGACAUUCGGCGUCUCAUCGGCACCAUUUCUCGCUAUACGUACCGUACAAAAACUCGCGACCGACGAAAGCGCGGAGUUCCCAGUCGGCGCUGAGGCUUUAAUGCGUGAUUUAUACGUUGACGAUCUACUUUCGGGAGCGGAUACUCUCGAAAAACUCAUACAGAUUCGAGACGAAGUUAUUGAAAUUCUGAAACGUGGAGGAUUUGAUAUACGACAAUGGGCGUCGAAUCAUCCGCGAGCGCUGCGAAAUCUCACUAAGAAGGUCACAAAUAUCGAGUUUCUUACCGACGAGAACCCCGUACACAAAACAUUAGGUAUUUCAUGGAACGCUCACGACGACGUGUUACUAUACACCGUCAAACCUAUUUUGCUAGCAGAAAGAGUUACCAAGCGAUAUAUAUUAUCAGAAAUCGCGAAAAUUUUUGAUCCUCUUGGUCUACUCGGUCCAAUCAUUCUCGUAUCAAAAAUCCUCAUGCAAAAAUGCUGGAAAGCGAAAAUUACUUGGGACGAAUCUGUACCAACUGCGUUACAUUCCGCGUGGCAAUCGUUUGCCGAACAACUCCUCUUGAUCAAUAAUUUAAAAAUCGAUCGUCACCUAUUGAUAAAUGAUCCCGUCGACAUACAAAUACAUGGAUUUUGUGAUGCUAGCAAAACAGGUUAUGGAGCUUGCAUAUAUGUUCGUUCGUGCAACCAGGAGGGUACGAUACAUGUUCAAUUAUUCUGUUCAAAGGGCCGCGUUGCGCCCCUUAAGGAAGAAACUAUUCCUCGACUCGAAUUAUGUGAAACAUUGAUUCUUGCCCGUUUAUAUCGACAAGUACAUGACGUACUCACUUUCCGGGCUUCGAAAACUAUUUUCUGGUCAGAUUCGACAAUAGUUUUACAAUGGCUGAAAAAGCAUCCGAGCGUGUUAAGGGUUUUUGAAGCAAAUCGGGUCGCGGAGAUACAGAAGGUUAGCGAAAAACUUGAAUGGCGACAUAUCAGAACAGACUGUAAUCCGGCCGAUGCGCUUUCUCGAGGCCAACUUCCUCGUGAAUUCUUGAAAAACGAAUCAUGGGUACGAGGCCCUUCGUGGCUGAACCAGCCCGAAGCCACGUGGCCUCAGGUCGUCGAAAAAACUCAGGAAGGUCUGCCGGGAAUGAAAAAAUUAUUUUGUAUGGUUUCUCAACCACAGCCGAAUGAAAUAUUCGAAAGAUUUUCAUCAUAUUCAAGAUUGAUUCGCGUUAUCGCAUAUUGUUUACGGUUUUUGGACGUGAAUAAGAUUAAGGGCAAUCUAACAAUAGAGGAACUAGACCGGGCAGAACAACGCGUUAUUCAUUUUAUACAGCAAUCGUGUUUUCAAGAUGAAAUGGAUCGACUUUCGAACGGGGGGAGAAUAAAGGACACGAAACUCGGAUCUUUAGAUCCGGUAAUCGACACAAAUGGUUUACUCCGCGUCGGUGGCCGAAUCAAUCAGGCCAACAUACAGGGAGAUCAAAAAAAUCCAAUCCUUCUUCCUUCUCGUCAUCACGUGACAGAUCUUUUGAUUCGAUACACACAUGAAAAAUUUUAUCAUACCGGUAUUCAAUCGACCUUGUAUAACGUUCGACAAAGGUUCUGGAUAUUAGACGGUAGAAACCAAGUACGUAGAAUAGUCAGACGAUGUGUGAGAUGCAUACGCUUCCGACCAAAACCAAUCGCAUAUAAAAUGGCUGACUUGCCUAAGUCAAGGGUCGACAAUAUACGAGCGUUUCAUCACACGGGUGUUGAUUACUUUGGCCCCAUGCUCGUCAAGGAGAAAAAAUAUCGUAACCGCGGUAGCGUUAAAGUGUAUGGUUGCUUAUUCAUCUGCAUGUCAACCAAGGCAAUGCAUAUCGAAAUUGUCAGCGAUCUCACAACAGACGCGUUUGUGGCGGCUUUGCGACGGUUUGUUAGUCGGCGGGGCAUACCGGCUCACAUGUAUUCCGAUAACGGAACAAAUUUUGUCGAAGCAAAUAGUCGAUUUCGUGAAUUCUACGCGUUACGAGAAUCUGAAGAAUUCCGUGCACAACUCUACGAGUUUAGCUCCAAUAAAAAAAUCAAUUGGCAUUUUAAUCCACCCCAUUCACCACAUUUCGGUGGCCUCUGGGAAGCAGCUGUAAAGUCAUGCAAGCAUCAUCUCAAACGCGUCAUGCGCGAUCUUCUAUUUACCUACGAAGAAAUCAGUACUUUAGCGACAGAGAUAGAAGCAAUUUUGAACUCGCGCCCACUGUGCCCGAUUUCCUCUGAUCCGAACGAUCCGAUCGCGUUGACACCAGCACAUUUCCUUAUUGGUAAACCUCUCACGAUGCUGCCGGAAAAUAAUUUUGCUCAUGUUCCAGACAAUUGCUUAUCAUCAUGGCAAUUAAUAGAGAAAAUGCGUCAAGAAUUUUGGCGUAGAUGGCAACUCGAGUAUUUAAGCGAGCUACAAAAGCGGCAAAAGUGGAUCCAUCCUAACGCGAACAUUGUUCAAGACGCAGUGGUCUUACUGAUCGACAAGAAUCAACCCUGUAUGCAAUGGCGGUUAGGACGAGUGGUGGAACUACAUCCCGGCGCCGAUGGCGUGGUCAGAGUCGUCACCAUAAAAACAACGCAAGGAUCAUACAAAAGAAAUGCUACGUCACUAUGCGCAUUGCCUACUAACGUUUGA